AUGGAGUUCCCAGACUCGUCGUUGUCCACUAGGAACGGAGUUACGCAUGCGUAUCAUGCUGCCGUUCCACUUCCUCAGCAACACCUUGUGGAGGAGUCUCAAUCGAGGAUGAAUGGCCCCUGGGCGAUUCAUGUUGACAAUACCUAUGCGCUGCCGAUGCCGAUGCCGAUGCCGACAAUAGAAACUCAGCAACAGGGUUUCAGUGUUACACUCAAUGGCAGUACUCCCCAGAGUCGGGCACUCAACGAGAUGCUGGCUCCCCUUCUCCGACAUAGUGACACCACCUAUUUCACAGAGGCCAUCUCUACUUAUUUGAAACUGCCCGAAGACCUCUGGCAGGCGCUGCGGCUGAUCCGAGAGUCCGCAUUUUCGCACGAAAUCCUACGUGACGGUCUAUCUCAGGAUAUAUGGCAACUGAUGGUCAGGUUACGAGACGAAGUCAACUUCAAACACCUGCAGCCUCUCGUGGUGACCACCUUUGUCGAGCAUGCGACUUUCAUAGAGACAGCGCCAACAGGGACAUCUCAAACCCAUUCGCGAUCGGCAUCUGGUGCGUCCUGGUACGAAAGUGGGAAACAACAAACGGGAAAUGGUGCCAGCAGGCCAGCACUACACCCAUCACACGCGACGAGUCCCAGCUUGAGCGGGUUUCAGUUCUCAAGCCCGGUGCAGCAGGAACAUUCCAUGCAGACCCGCUCGGUGACUCCCGUUUCCAUCAUGUACACCAGCAGUCGAAACACUUCUCGAAGCCCUUGGCGCAAUAAGAAGGGCAAGGCUCCUGCAGGUCAAUUGUAUGUCUGUCCGUUGCCCAAUUGCACGAAGAAGGGCUUCAAGAAUGUCGGCAACUAUAUCAAUCACAUGCUGCGGCUGCAUGCCGGAUACCCGCGACAUGACCCGGAGACAUCAUUGCAGCCUGAGUCGUCACCGUCGCUCGAUGGCGGUGAAGAGUUCGUCUCGCCUGCCGCCACCACAGCCAGCAACUCUCCUCUUCUGGUGCGACACCUAUCACAGGACUUGAGCAGUUUUGGCGAUGUGCAUUCGAGCUUUGGGCAAGACGAGUCAAAUCCGUCAGCUGGCAUAAACCGCAGAGCCAGCGAUGUAAAUCCGGAGCACUUCGACUUCUCCUCCUCGAUUGCUUCUGCGAACGGGGUUUCGGACGACGCUACGGAGAUGGUUGACAACAGGCCAGAUUUGUACGAGGUAGAGGAGGACCAGGUGUCCUCGCCUACAGAUACUGGUGGUAUGUCGUUCGGCAUGUUCCAGGCCACCAUACUGAGCGCUAGACGCUCCUCCCUCCAAAAGCGGUCUUAUUAG